AUGGAGCAGCUCUUGGCCCCCGGGAGUGUUUGGAACCCGCUGGGCGGUGCUGCCGAGCUGGCUGGGGCAGUUGUGGUCUGGAAAGCACCAGCAUGGCCGAGCUGUGCCGCAGGGCAUUGCACAGCUGCAGAGCAUCCCUAUCCCCAGCUCCUGCCCUCAGUUCCCAGCAGCCGGGUGUCCCCAUGGGGCAGGUUUGUGGGGGCCUGGGAGAGGCCACCGAGGAUUCCCCCGGCCAGGCUGGACCUGACCGCCCGCUCGGACGCUGCCGCGGCGCAGCUCAUUGACUGGAUCCACCAACCCACCGCCCUGACCCACGCCUGCAACGGCCUCCGGACAGAGAUCACCGGGAGGGUCUCCAUCAAAAGCCCAAUGAGGAGAGCAGAUGUUCCCCAUAAAGCCGACAUUUUGCCAGCUGAUGAUGUGAAUGGGAAGGAAGAUCCUUCCUGA